CGCACAGCGGCAGUCGGCUGCGAGCGGCGAGAUGGAGCAGCAGCGGCAGCUCCCCCAGCCCCAGCCCCGGGACCAGGCCAGGGACAGGGACAGCACCUCCUUCACGGACCCGUCUGGCUGGACCACACGGCACCUGGCGCUGACGCUGUGUGUAGAUUUUGAGUCCCGCCGGCUGCAAGCCCGUGCCGCGCUGACGGUCGAAGCGCUGCGGGAUGGGCUGUCCUCUCUGAUCUUGGAUACUCGAGACCUUGAAAUAAUCAAGGCUACUAGCAAUGGACUUGAAACAAAGUUUUCACUUGGAGAUGAGCACAGCUUUAAAGGAACACCCUUGACCAUUUCCCUUCCAUUUGAAUUAUUACGAGGCCAACAGGCAGUGGUGGAGGUAUCAUAUGCAACAUCUCCAAAAUCUUCAGCUCUACAGUGGCUCACUGCUGAGCAAACUGCUGGGAAGAAACACCCUUACCUGUUCAGCCAAUGUCAGGCUAUACAUUGCAGAAGUAUGGUGCCUUGCCAGGAUACUCCAUCUGUGAAAAGUACUUACUCUGCACGGGUAUCUGUUCCAAAAGAAUUGGUUGCUCUUAUGAGUGCUAACAGAGAUGGAGAAGUGCCUGAUAAUCUUGAUGACAGUAGAAAGACUUAUCGUUUUCGGCAAACUGUUCCGAUGCCAAGCUACUUAAUUGCACUGGUGGUCGGAUGUUUGGAAAGCAGGGUGAUUGGUCCAAGGUCUCGUGUCUGGUCCGAGAAAGAGAUGGUGGAUGCUGCUGCAUAUGAAUUUGAAGAGACUGAAACCAUGUUGAAAACCGCUGAAAAUCUUGUAGGUGCAUAUGUCUGGGGACAGUAUGAUCUGCUGGUCCUUCCUCCAUCGUUUCCAUAUGGUGGGAUGGAGAACCCAUGUCUCACUUUUGUAACACCAACCUUGCUGGCUGGUGAUAAAAGUCUUUCUAAUGUGAUUGCACAUGAAAUUUCCCACAGUUGGACUGGAAAUCUGGUCACCAACAAAACUUGGGAGCAUUUCUGGUUAAAUGAAGGCCAUACAGUGUACCUGGAACGCAUGAUAGCUCGUUGUAUGUAUGAUGAGAAAUUCAGGCAAUUUGUAGCUAUUGGAGGCUGGAAAGAUCUACUGCAAGCAAUUGAGACUUUUGGUCCUUCUAAUUCCUUGACCAGUCUUGUUCCUGACCUCUGUGACACUGACCCUGAUGAUGCAUUUUCUUCAGUUCCUUAUGAGAAGGGAUUUGCUUUACUUUAUCAUUUGGAGGAGUUGCUUGGUGGGCCAGAAAUCUUCAUGGGUUUCCUCAAGUUCUAUAUUCAGACUUUCGCCUACAGUGCCAUAACUACAGAAGAGUGGAAGAAGUGCCUGUAUUCGUAUUUUUCUAAUAAGACUGACGUUUUGAAUCAAGUUGACUGGAAUGCUUGGUUCCAUUCUCCUGGGAUACCACCAUUCACACCACAUUAUGACACCUCUUUGGCUGAUGCUUGCCUAUGUCUUUGUAAACGGUGGAUCGCAGCAUCUGAUUCUGAGCUGGGGUGCAUUAGUGAAGUGGAUCUGAAAGAUAUGUCAUCACACCAAAAAAUAGAGUUUCUUUCUCUCUUACUACAGAAGCCUCCAUUGCGACUCAACAGUGUGAAAAGAAUGCAAGAAGUGUACAAAUUUGAUGAUGUCAAAAAUGCAGAGAUAAAAUUCAGGUGGCUGCGAUUAUGCCUCCGGAGUCAGUGGGAGAAGGCCAUUCCUCUUGCUUUGGAAAUGGUUACUGUGCAAGGCAGAAUGAAGUUCACUCGUCCUCUUUACAGGGAUUUGUACAACUUUGAGAAGGCCCGUCAGCAAGCAAUUGAUACCUUUCUGAAAAACAAACCCAUCAUGCAUCCAAUCACCGCUAGUCUUGUGGCCAAGGAUCUCCACCUUGUCUGAUAAUUGACUGUUGGUGCAUUUGUACCUUUUUGGAUUAAAAUGCAAAAUAAAUCAUCUCAGUUACUUUGAUGCUAAGCCAAAAAUUAUGAUUAGAUUAUUUGUUAAUUCCAAUCAGUUUUCAACUGGUUUAAGGUAGAAUGAAUUGUUCUGUCUUGAAUUGUUUUGUGGAAUAAAUAAAUUUGAAAUUAUUUUAA